GGGACCGGGAUCGGGAUCGGGAUCGGAUCGGGACCGGGACCGCGAUCAGGAUCAGGAUCAGGAUCAGGAUCGGGGCCGGGGCCACCCGGGCUCUCCCUGCAGGACGCGGUGGCGAUGUUGUGACCUACAUUCGCGACAAGGAGGUCCCCAGCCCGCCGCCACCAUCGGGCCAUGAAGCGGCACAAGUGACAGGGCCGCCGUGCCCGCGGCCAUGGCCAGCCCGGCACCAUGGCUGCACUGCACACAAACAGAGCUGACGCCCUGGGAGGGAGAGGACGAGGAGGAGGAGGAGGAAGAAGACGACUUUGAGAGGCGGAUGGACGAGGACGGGGUCAUCGGCCUGGGGGAGGGUGCCGGGAGCCCACCGUGGGGUGACGGGGAUGAGCCGGAGGAGGGGUCCCCGAUGGAGGAGGGUCGCUGGCACCCGCAGCAGGACCUGGCGGAGGAGGACGAGGAGCGGGGCAGCUCCGGGGGGGACGAGGGGCCCUGGGGGGCAGAGAGUGACGGGGAACCCUACCCCGAGCUCUCCUGCGAGGGCCGGUGGGGCUCGGGGUCCAGCGGCAGCCCCGAGGCUCUGCGGGAGCACCGGGCUCUCCACCAGUCCCGCGGCUGCAGCACGGAUGGUGGGGACACCUCGGCGCUGUCGGACACCAGCCCUGGCCCUGCCACCCCAUCCCGCCGGCCCCGGGGCUGGGGCACAGCCGGGGGCACCUCUGGGGGGCACGGGCAGGGGUGGACCCCGAGGCGGAGCCUCCCACUGCCUCUCUCCACCGACGACCCCCGCGAUGCCACCAGCCCCGAGCCUGUCCCCAAGCCCCAAACAGCCCCUGGCACCACUGGCUUGGCACCCCCGGAGGAGCCCCAGGGCGCCGGGAGCCCCCCAACACCCCAACUGCACGACAGGUCCCGGGUACCCAAAAAAGCGGCGCCCACGGUGGUGCCCCCCGAGCCCACCCGGCAGUCGCGGUCCCUGAGCCCCCGGCGGGGAACAGGAGGCAAAGGGCACAGGGAUCCCUCGGGAACGGGCACGGAUGGCACCCAGUACGGCCGCGGGCGCCUCAACCACCCCCUGCCCGACCUGUCCAAGGUGGAGGCGCGGGUGAAGUUCGACCAGAGCUACCGCCCCCCCCGGGGCCGGGUCCUGCCCGCCCGCCCCCGGGUGCCCGGUGGCCCCGUUGGCUUCAAGUCCCCGGCCGAAAUCGUGCGGGAGGUGCUGCUGAGCAGCGGGGAGGGGGUCCCCCCGCAGCCCCUCAGCUCUGCCGGGCUGCCACAGGAGUUCAGGUCCCCCAAACAAGCCACCGCGCUGGUGCAGCAGCUCCAGGACGACUACCACAAGCUGCUGACCAAGUACGCCGAGGCUGAGAACACCAUCGACCAGCUGCGCCUGGGGGCGAGGGUGAGCCUGUUCUCGGACCCACCCCAGCCCAGCCGCAGCCUGGCCAUGGGCACCGUGGGCACCGGCUGCCGUGUGAUGACCCUCAGCAUCCCACAAGCCCGGAUGGCAGCUCUUGGCACGGCCACGGCCACAGCCUCCACCUCGCCAGCUGGAGCUCCAGCACCGGGACCAUCAAAUCGGGGGGGUUCACCCCACCCCCGAUCCCCCCCUCCGCCCGGGGGGGGCUGCCCCAACUGCCCCGGGCCGUGCUGCUGCCCCGGCCCCCGGCUCACCCGGGCACUGGCGGGGCAGAGCCGCAGGCUGCAGGCACAGGUGGAGUCCUUCGAAAGAUGGAUCCAUGUGGGGAGUCCCCCACCCUCGGAGCAGCUCCAGAGGAUGAGGCUGCUGAAGGACGCGCAGGAUGCGCUGGAGCGGGAAUACCUGCGGGGCCGGCAGCAGCUCCCGGGGGCUGCGGGGGGGUUUGAUCCUGACCGGGCGGUAGAAGAGGAGAUUUACCGCCUGGGGCUGCGCCUGGAGGGACUGAAGGAGCGGCUGGAGCCGGGGGACAGGCGGCAGCCCCCCCUACAGUCCCCUCCGCAGCCCCUCCCGCAGCCCCGCUGCCCCCCAGCCCCGUCCCCACCGCCGGCCCCCCACUCCCCCUGCCCCGAGAGCCCUGAGCUGAUGGACGGUCCCCUGGGGACAGCGGGGGACAACGAGGGAGUGAGGGGGGGGCUGCCCUGGCCCCUCUGGCACAAGCAGCUCCGGGUGGAGGAGGAUUUCGCGGACCUGCUGGAGCAGUACAAGCACUUCAAGUCCCUGCCGCAGUCGCUGAGCCUGGAGCAGCUGAGCCUGACGGGGAGCGGGUCCCAGGAGGAGGUGGAUGCUCCUGCAGCAGGGGACGGUGACCCCGGCAAGGUCGCCUGCAGGACACGGUCACUGGAGGAGGGGGCCGACCUGGAGACCUUCCCCUUGCAUCCCCCGGAGAGAAAAGCUGCACUGCUGCCCUCCAGGGGACCCCCAAAGGCAGAGGGGUCACGGGGCCACCCAUCCCCUGCCAUCUCUGAGGAGCCACCAGCCACUGCCAAGCCCCACCUGGUGGCCCCCGGACCACCACGGGCACCCCUGUCCCGCUGCAGCAGCGGGACGGGCAGCGCUGCCCCCCAGCACGGGCCCCGCAAGGUGAAUCCCAUGGGUGCCCCCCUGCCAGCACCCCCAGACCCUGCCGGGGUUCCUGGGGUGCUCAGCACCGAUCCUGCUGUCCCCGUGCCCCUGAAGGAGCAGCGCAUCGUGUCACCAGAGACUGACAGCGGCUUCGUGGGCUCGGAGGCCAGCAGGGUGUCACCCCCCGUGCGCACCCCCGAGCACCGCCCCCCUGGCACCGGGACCCCCGGCUUGCUGGGACCCUCCAUCCCCAUCCCCACAACCCUCCGUUCCCCACGGAACAGAGAGACGACCCCGCUUCCCUCCGAGACAGCACUGAUGGGCAUCUACCCCGCGGGAGGGCAGGGGGGCACGGGGGGGCCCUGCCUGCCCCCCAGCACCCCCUCGCAGAGCAGUUCCCCCCCUCGCUGGGCCGAGAGCGCGGGCAGCGAGGCGGGGCCCGACCCCGGCGGCGACGGAGCUCACACGGACUCGGAGGUGGGAGACGGGAGCUGUGCCAGCACCAGUGGACACCCCCCAACCAUGGCCAGGAGGGUCCCUCCCUCCCCAGCCCCAACCAGCCCCCCACCAUCCCCUGAAACGCCGUCCCCCACCCUCCUGUCCCCCGACCCGCCGUCCCUCACCCCGGCUCGCUGUGACCUGCUGGGCUCCCGCCUGGAGCGAGACCAGGCCAUCCGGGAGCUGCGGGAGGAGGUGUGGCGGCUGCGGCGGCGGCUGGAGGAGACCCUGCACCGCUCCCGCAGCUAUCCCGAGGGAAAAGCCACUCCCCGUGUCACCCCGGCCAGGAGACAACCCGUGGGCAGCGCCCCAUCGUCCCCCCAGGACGCAGCACCCUCGGGGGAGCUGAGCCCCCCGGCGCGGGGCAGGGUGGCCCCCGGGGUCGCACCCACGCGGAGGGGCAGGUCGGCAUCGCUGCCACGGGACAGGCCGGAGCUGGACCUCACCUCCGAGUCGGACCCCUCGCCCGCCGGGCCCCGGGCACGCCCCUCCCUGCGGAAGCACCCUGGGAGCCCCCCGGGAGCGGUGACAUUCCGGGGACAGUACACAGGGACACGGUACCAGGGGGGGACACCACGUGCUGCCCCAGCACCCCGAGAGGAAUCGGGCACCGCGGGGUGCCCCCGAUGUCACAGGAGCGGGACAUCAUCGGGGGAGCAGUGGGAGCCUGUCCUGGAUACCUGCCUUUGCAGACCCCCUUUGCAGCAGCAGCCCCCACCCCACCUCCCAGCCCAUCCCAGCCACCCCCCAAAACCACUCUGCUCUUCCCCAGCAUCCCUCCCUUGUUCUGCACGGGACAUUCCCGAUUUCCUCUCUGCUCUCUCCACAGGUGGAUUCCGGGCUAGUGAUGCCACCCAGCAGCCCCAGCACAGCACCCCAAGGAGGACACGCUGCCCCACUUGCCGGGCACCCCUGGGCUCCCCCGUGCCAGGCAGCAGGGACAGAGCCGCGCAUGCAGAGCGUGGUCCCAGUGCCACAUCGUCCCCAGGCUCCCACGUUGGUCCCCGAGCCGAGAAGCCGGAUCAGCCCGGAUUUUGGUACCUGGCAGCCGGUCCUGCUGCCACGGCUGCCACCGUCUGCCUCACCCCCGUCCCCCUCGUGCCUUACGUGCCCUCCGUGCUCUACUGCUCCCCAGCGGUACCUACCUCAGCCCCCGCCACGGCCGCGGUCCCCCUGCACCUCACCGGGGGAAACCGGCGGGCACAGCGACCCCCCCGGGCACAGCCCCGCCACCGCUGCCUCAGCCUGGACCUGGAGGAGCUGGACGAGCUCAACUGGUCCCUGAGCCGGGCCGUGGAGGCUGCCCAGAGUGUCAGGGUGACCACCACCCGCAUGAGCCGGGCACUGGCCGCUGAGCUGGGCCGGGCACGGGAUCUACGCAGCUCCUGCCUCUUCUGAGGGUCUUCUGCAGGGCUCCUGCCUCUUCUGAGGGAUCUGAGGGCCUCCUGCCUCUUCUGAGGGUUCCACUGGCACCUUCCAAACCAUCCCUGCCCUCACAGCAGGCAGGGAUGAGGAGGAGGAGGACGGUCCCCUCACCAUCAGCAUGCCAGCACUGGGUGCUCCCAGUGCCAGAUCUGGGGGCACCAGGGCUGGAGGCAUCUCCAGGGGGUCCUGCCCUGGCUCCCACCCCCUUCCUGCUUGCCCUGGAGUUCCUGCAUCGCUUGUCUGUCUGUCUGUUUUCAGGACCACUCAAGCUGCAGGAGGGGGGAGGGUGUGGGCAGGGAUCUCCUGGGACCUGCAGCACCCUGGGGAAUGAGCACCAUCCCCUGGGACCAAGGGGGUGGCCCCGUGUCCCCCCCUAAGGCAGUGGCCACCCCAACCUAAGCACUUCUGGGGCUGCUGUGACCUGGUGUAGGUCCUGCACAGGUCGAGCCCCCCUUGGCAGCUGUGUUUACCUCUGUGCCUGCAUGGGCAGAAAUACCUGUGAUUCCCUGUUCCAUCCCUUUCCCAGAUUUUAGGCCUCCUCUGGGGGCUUAACCCAUGUGUCCCCCUCCUGCUCUGCCCUUGGACUUGAACCCAGCGGGAUCCUUUCUGGGGAAACCCUUCUUUGUGUGGGAUUUUUGUGAUUUAUUUUUUCCCCAAGACAGCCAGUAAGCAGCUAAACCACUCUUUGAGGGUUGAUUGAUGAUAUAUAAUGUGUGCCUAUAUAUAUGUAUCUAUAUAUGGAUAUAUCUAGACAGAGAUAAAUCCAUGUCUGUCUAUAUUUAGAUAUAUAUCUCUAGAAAGACAGAGAUAUCUCUAUAUAUAAAUCUGUAUAUACACAGAUCUGCAUCUAUAGAUACAUCUUUACAUAGAUACAUAUGUAUAUAUAUAUAUAUAUAUUUUGGUUUUCAUUUCCAGCACAACCCUUAGGGCAUUUGUGGGGCUUUUUUUGCCCAGCCCUGGAUGUGGCCACCCACAGCAUCAUCCAGGACGAAAAUGAAAUUAAGGAUUUGGGGUUUUCCCCUGGGAUUCCCAGGGAAUGCAGCCUGGUAGAGGGAAAAAUCACCCUGCAAGACUGAGUUGGGGGUAGACGUGGUGCUGAGGGGUCUGCAGAGCCCCUGUCCCUCCCAGCUGGGUUUGUAAUGAGUUAAUGCCUAUUUUUUUUAAGGAAUUUGAUGUGGUCAGAGCAGCUUUUCCUGGGAUGGGUCCAGUCAAACCCCUCCAGCACCUCCUGUGGCACCCCAGCUCUGUUUAUCUGUAGGACCUACCUGAAGUGCCAGUGUCAAAUGUAUUUAUUUUUGCUUUUAUUUGUGGUACAAAGACCCCCAUUUGGGGGGGGUGGGAUCAGUGCCACCCCCAGAGAGUUCCUCAGGUCCGGAGCCUUCCUGAGCAAUCCCUGAGCCUGAUCCUGCACCCCCCAGGGAGGGGCUGGGAAUGGGACUGACUCCCUCCCCCCUUUGUGGGGGGAGAGGGGUGGAUUGGGGGGAUUUUAAAGAGGAUUUCUGUGUCUCUGGUUGCCUCUGCUCGUGCCUGUGUCCCAAACUGGAAGCUGUGACCCCCCCCCAGCCCAGCCAGGGUACGAUGGGAAGCACGUUUAACGAUCCCAAAUGCAGCAGCCAGAAAAAUGAUGGGUUUUUUUUCCUCAUCCCCUAUUUUUUAACGCCCAGCAGAGCCACUGGGCUGGUAUUUUGUACUAAGAAAUCACCUAUUUUUCAAGGAAAUAAAUGUUGUUGGAUGA